AUGCUGUCAACCUUAGGAUUGCGUGCCUCCGUAGUUGGAGCAGCUGCCCGUGCUACUCUCAAGCCCGCUGCCGCACAGCAGAUUCGCCACUUUGGCCUGAUCUCCGAGAAGGACGAGCAAGCCAAUGCUCCCGUUCAGAGCCGCGCCAUGUCGACUGCCGUUGCAAAGUCAUACCCCGGACCUAUCAGCCAGCCCGCCAACGCCGUCGAGUACGCAUUGUCGACUGUCGAUAAGAUUAUUAACUGGGGUCGUGAGGGUUCGAUCUGGCCCAUGACUUUCGGUCUCGCCUGCUGUGCCGUCGAGAUGAUGCACAUGGCUGCUGGACGUUACGAUCAGGAUCGUCUCGGAAUUGUCUUCCGUGCUUCGCCCCGUCAGUCCGAUGUCAUGAUCGUUGCCGGUACCUUGACUAACAAGAUGGCUCCUGCCCUCCGCAAGGUCUACGAUCAGAUGCCCGAGCCUCGCUGGGUCAUUUCUAUGGGAUCGUGCGCUAACGGAGGAGGGUACUACCACUACUCUUACUCGGUUGUCCGUGGAUGCGAUCGCAUCGUCCCCGUCGAUAUCUACGUUCCUGGAUGCCCACCGACAUCUGAGGCUUUGUUGUACGGAGUGCUCCAGCUCCAGAAGAAGAUGCGCAGGAGCCGUGUCACUACCAUGUGGUACAGAAAGUAA